GGUGUGAUAACGUCCCUCUGGUCUCAGGUGAAAUGACAUCAUAUCGAUACUUGGAACAGUUUCAGCAUCUCUUCCUCGUGUCUUAUGGAAUCAUCACAACACGGACACAAGGCUCCAUCGUUUCAAUCUGCUGCUUUAAGGAGGAAUCUGUGAACGAUGGCGUUGAGGAGCUUGACCCCUGACCUCUGUCAGGUUGUCAUCUCAGGCUCCAUCUGUGACACUCAGUUAAUUACACAGUGUUCGGAGGCCGGAAUGUUCCGUGACAGAAACCAGUAGGGUCACAAGGACCAGAACAGAACGUGCUCACUGGGCUGAGGAUAAAAGAGGUGGACAGAGACAGUGUGAGACAGAGACCUGAGUCGUCCACACAGACGGACGAGGGAGCCAAUCGGUCCGAAGGUGAAACGACUCCUCCAACACAAAGCUGCUGCACUUCAGUUCCUACAACGAUCCCGAUCGGCCGCCAGCAUGUUCAACAUAUUACACCUGGCUGCACUCAGUGUGCUCGCAGAGGAUCAGCUUUCAAAUGGAAGCUCUGAAGGACGCCGCCUCUGAAUCGAAACACAUCUUUCAAACAGAGUAAUGUAGCUACAAGAGGUACGGCAGCGACCCUGGAUUUUACCGGUUCAGCUCAAUUGGACAUCACGUCCUGCCCCAUCACCUACUACUGACAGAAAUAUAGCAAAAUAUAUGUGGGCUUCAGUUCCAGCACAGUGUCUGUUUGCUUCAAUAGGCCGCACCAACCUGGAAUGAGGAACGACUGCUUCCUGAUGUCUGGAGGAGCAGCUGACAGAGGAUCCCUGAAGACAUUCCAGAGUGAAUACCAACCUGGAUCUCACAUCCAUAAAGAGCUACCGAGCCUGAAACACACUGGAAAAUGUUUCAGCCAGAUGGUAUUAAAGAACAGUCAACAAGAGCUGAUUAUAUUUUUGGAACUUUACAAUUUUGAGCCAGAAGCGGUUCUGGUUAUGAGGGCGUAUUCUGAUUUCGCUGCUUCUCAUCUCUUGAGUAAAUUAAUCAGGAGAGUAUGACGGGUUUGAGUUGGUCAUUGUUCUGUUGGUUGUGUUGAGUCUCGUGUUUAAAUCCCGAUUUAUUAACGAUAUAUCUGUCGAAGUCUUGGACGAUUACUACACAUUGUUUUUUUUGGCACUUUCCAGGACCUAGACGAGAAGGUCAAUGGCCUCACAAUAUAUAAACAGAGAUUCACUUUAAAUGAAGCAUGAAAACAUUUCUACACAGAACUAAGCGGUUGUAGACGCUCUGGAGUUGUUUAUAAAGAGAACACGACCACAGUUCUAGACCCAAGCAUCUGCUCCACUGUCUCCUGUGAUGUGAGUGCAGUUGCUGCUGUCAGUGUCUGUGGUCCCAAGGAGCCCUGCAAUGGAAAUGGCAGCUGCAUCAUGUCAAACAACGUGUGCACCGUGAUCGGCUCCACGGUCGUUGGUUUUCGCUGGGCAAGUCCAAGCUGUGCCGGACCGCUGUGGCUAAACUCUGUUCAAGUCCACAUCCAAACCCGGCUUCCAGGUGGUGGGCGUCUUCCAGAAGAGACGCCGGAAAGACGUCAGCUUUUUGAUUCCAGGCAUGCCAGCCGAUGCCACAGAGCAGAAGCUACCAGACCUCGGGGAGUUGACGGAGCAGAUCUGAGUUAUGAGCCUGGAGAUCAGCAGCGACUGAGACGAGCAGCGGACAUGGACAAACAGAAAGUGCUGUCCAAGCUUCUCUGGGACCUGCAGUCCUUCCUGUCUGUCCUGGACUCAGAGAACUUGAGUUACAUCGCUCAGGCUCAGAGGAAGUCCAUCUCAGAGCUGCUGUCCAAACUGCAGACACACGACACCCCAGUGGAAGACGCUGAGUACAUGAUCAUGAGCUGUCCAUCAUCGUCUCCGAGCAACGAGCUGACAGACACACCUUGGACAGGCGUCUUCUCCUCUGAGCUGCUCUCGAACCUGGACUCGUGCGUCUGGCUGAAGGACGAGAUUCAGAGCCCCACAGUGCCCCCCCACCCGCCAGGAGGUCUAGGAAGUGAUGAUGAUGAUGAAGAUACUUACGAAGAAGCAGAACCCUACGUACCUGCUGAAACGACCACGUCGAACACCGAGAAGGCGGAUUCAGACAGCAGUCACUAUGAGUCCUACGGUGAUGAAGAUGAUGAGGAGGAUGAGGGGGAGGAGCUAGUGAAGGACAGAGCUCAUUACAUCCAAUGGAGCGCCUCUCAGCCCUGCCUAAGGCCCGCCCCUGAGUCCCGCCUCUGUGGCUACCUGUGGAGGAGGAAGUGGCUCGGACAGUGGACCAAACACCUGUUCAUCAUCCGGAACAGCGAGCUGCUGGAGAUGGAACCCACUCAGCAGAGUCACAGAGAACAGACGCUCAGGGAGAGAAGAGGAAACUUCCUCCUCUUCCCACUGAACAUCAGACUCACUCUCAUCAAGCUGCUGUUUCAGUGUUAUAAAUGUGCUCGGGACCUUCUGCCUCACCUGGAGCUGAACCUGCUCGGCUGUCAGCUCGUCUACAAGUCCAAGAGCAACAGGAAGAUCCAGCACCAGCUCAAACUGGUUUUGCUGGGCUCCGACUCCCUGGUGCUGGGAUACAACAGCUUCGAGCAGGCCGACGAGUGGAAGAGGGUGAUAGAGGAGGUGAGUGUUGGAGGUGAAGAGGAGAUACGUCGAUCAUCAUCUCCAAUCAGAUCAGAGCAGCUGCUGUCCUGCAGGUCCAGUUCAGUCCAGAGCGACUCUGAGGAGGAGAAACCUUCUGCUCGCUGCAGCCUCCACAAACACAAAGGCAACCUGAAUGUGCUGAUGAACUGUCAAUGGCAGAGUUUACUGUGUCGGGUGGAGGACGGCGUCCUUAACAUGUUUGGAGAGGAGGAGGAGGAGGAGGAGGAGGAAGAGGAGGAGGAGGAGGGAGGGGAGAGGAAGAGCGAGCGAUCCCCUCAGUACACUGUCCAGCUCCGAGGCUGCGAGGUCCGAGCCGGGCCCGACACCGACCACUCAUUCAGGAUCACCCUGAGCCUGCUCGGGGACCCGGUGGCGGUGCUGGAGGUCAGAAGUUUGGAGGAAAAGGAAAGAUGGCUGAAGCUGCUGCAGGACGGAGCUGUCAGUCACCAAGACACCACCGCACAGGGACACACAGGUGGAGCUCUCAGUGGGCUGCAGACUCAGAGGUUUCCCACCUCCAACACCUACAUGGACGACCCCUUCCACCUGAGUGGACCAGGCCGGGACCAGCCCAUCUACUCCAACACCUCCAUCCUGGAGCACAUGCUCCACAGCUCAGAGUCGUCCAAAGACUCCGUGACCUCCAGCAACACGGUUAUCACCAACAGGAGGGGGGGGGAGGUGGAGCGCAGCGUUCAGAAGUUGGAGUUGACCGGGAGGAGGCCGGUGCAGCUGAGGUCCGGUUCAGAGAUCAACCUGUCGUCUGCUGGGAAGCAAAACAAGCGCACCUCUUUCCGACAGUCGCUGGCUGUGUGUAGUGAACGUGCUCAGGUGGGUUUCCUGAACCCUCUGUUGCGACGGACGGCCUCAGCUAAAACCUCUCUGAGACGAGCUCCGUCAGCGUUGUUCAUGGAACAUGUGAAGGUUUUCCAGAGGAAGAAGGAGUGGGAAACUAAAGCUGCAGUUUGACUCUUCAUCACAUCGUCACCUGAAGAGUCGUCUUAUAACUUCACGCCUACGUCUCGUAACAUAUAUACAUUCAGUGAGCACUUUAUUAGGAACACCUGUGCACCUGCUUCGUCCAUCACUUAUCCAAUCAGCCAAUCAUGUGGCAGCUUUAUCCACGAUCGAUCAUAAUCCAGCACAUGUGAACACGUCUGUGUGCGGAGGCAAAUCAGUUUCUUCUUCUUCUUCUUCUUCUUCUUCUUCUUCUUCUUCUUCUUUGGUCGGUUUACUGCCAUCGACUGCUGGACUUCAAUCAAUCCUAUUUUAUUUGUAUAGCCCAUAUUCACAAAUCACAAUUUGUCUCAUCAGGUUUAAGAAGGAGAGACAUCCUCUGUUCUUAACCCUCAACAAGAAUCUUUCCUUUUUUUAUCAAUUUGUAUUUGUGUGACUUUAGUUUUUAAGGUUGUUUUGUCUCAUUGUUUUGUGUCUUUGUCUCUUUGUGGUUUGUUUUGUCUCUUUGUGGUUGUUUGUGUCUUUGUCGCUUUGUGGUUUGUUUGUUCUCUUUGUGGUUUGUUUAGUCUCUUUGUGGUUGUUUGUGUCUUUGUCUCUUUGUGGUUUGUUUGUGUCUUUGUGGUUUGUUUUGUCUCUUUGUGGUUUGUUUAGUCUCUUUGUGAUUUGUUUUGUCUCUUUGUGGUUUGUUUAGUCUCUUUGUGGUUGUUUGUGUCUUUGUCUCUUUGUGGUUUGUUUGUGUCUUUGUGGUUUGUUUAGUCUCUUUGUGGUUUGUUUUGUCUCUUUGUGGUUUGUUUAGUCUCUUUGUGGUUGUUUGUGUCUUUGUCUCUUUGUGGUUUGUUUGUUCUCUUUGUGGUUUGUUUUGUCUCUUUGUGGUUUGUUUGUGUCUUUGUGGUUUGUUUUGUCUCUUUGUGGUUGUUUUGUCUCUU